AUGGUUGAAUGGAAAGAAAUAUCGUCGACAGGUCAGAUAACUCGAUCGGAUGUUAAAUAUGCUUAUAUAAACAAUGAAAAGUAUGGAUGUGUUUUCGUUCCUCCAUCAGCAGUACUUCCAGUUGAUUGUGUGAAUGCUGAUGUGUCGCUUUAUCUGAAAGCGGGUGACAUUGUGCACUUUACAGCAGUGCCUCAGCGCGGAAAGAAUCAUUGUCGAUAUGUGCAAAUUUCUAAUAACAAUGAUCGUUACCAAGCGCCGAUGGAUAUUUCAAAUAGACAACAAGAUCGAAUUCAUGGAAUACCAGAACAACAGAAUACCAAGCUUCUUACAAUACAUUUUAUAAGAUCUUGCGGAUAUAAAAAGAAGGCAAAAGCGAUUUUUUUGUAUAAGAUUCGAUUCAUAAAGUUGAAAUUAUCAAGUGCCACCGAUGACAUUUCUUAUAAACAAAAAAUUGUUACUAUUACUCUUGUCACGGAAACAUUUGCAUAUGCUACGAACGAUGAACUUGGAGGAGUAUUCGUUCCUGGUUCUGCAUUUCACCAAUGCGAAGUUACUAAAUUGGAUAGUUAUCUUACUUUUGGUGAUCGGGUUAUCGUCGUUGUUCGCCCACAAGUUCCAAGAUCAGGUUGUAAUUGGAUUGCUGAAUCAGCUACGAAGAUUUCCGACGCAAACAAUCCGCCACAAACUAUUAUUGCAGACCCUUCUAUGGAAUGGCCAGAAACUAAAAAUGGCCUAUUGGGCUCACUAGAAGUCAAUGAAUUUUUUAAAGGAUUUGGAUCAGUUGUGUUCAUCUCAAAAGACAAGGCGAAAGUGUUGAGUUAUAAUCAAACGACAAUAAUUUGUCCAAUAUUAACUUGGAGUGGUGGCAAUAAUGGCAACAAUACAGCGGAAGGUCUGGAUGAAAUUCUCGUGAUUGGUGAAAUAGUUUAUUUCGAAUCUGUAUUUAUUAAUGGUGAAUGGCGUGCCAAAAAUUGGUCUGCUAAAGUACACAACAAAACUUUUUCAGAGUCUUUUACUCAGACUGCGAUAUGUGCGGAACAAAUGCUUCUUAGAGCGCUAAAAUCUAACCUGAAUAAUUUUGCUCAAGAAAAAUGUCCUAAUAUCACUGCUUUCACAGAAUUACUGAAUUAA